CUAGAAUAACUUACAUUGUAAAACGGAGGGAGUAGUUAUCAAAAUUUAGUAGCAAACUAAAUGUAACCACUUUUUUUUGACAUCAAAGUAAACAGGCCCGAAGUUUAGCUAUCCAAAUAUGCCCCAAACGUUCAAAUCCAAACGAAAUAUGUUGAAAAAUUGAAAUUAUGUCGGCCUGUCAGAGGCUCUUUCAUCGCUUCUGAAACACUGAAACUGCAGCUACGAAAUUUGAGACAGAUUUUUCAGGAGCAGGGAGACGCGCGAGGAAAAAUAUCUUGCGCUCGAUUAGUGAUUACCCGCUCAAACUCCCGCAACGUUAUCAUCUCCACUCUUCCACCUCCAUGCCCAUGCGCGACUGAUCCGCCGCCCAACGCGAUGCCUCUCAUGGCCGUCGCCUCCCAACCCUUCCUCUCCACCUCCACCUCCACCUCCUCGCGCCAUAUCCGCCGCGCCACCGUCGCCACGGCCGCGGCCGCGGCGCCGGAUGAUUUCGACUACCCCCUCGCCGACCCCUCCGUCCGCUGGCCACACCUCCGCUUCCCCCACCUCCCCUCGCCUCGCUUCCCCGCCGCGCCCGUGGCGAGGCCCUCGGAGGGAGGAGAGGAGGAGGAGGCGGCGGCGGGGCCCUCGUCGGCCGCCGCCUCCGCCGCCGCCCUCGAGCCGCUCGACGCGCGGGCGCACCGCGGGAGGGUGAAGAAGCUCAGCAAGCUCGCGCUGCGGCGGGCGCGGGACUGGCGCGCGCGCGUCGCGGGCCUCGCGGACCGCGUCCUGGCGCUGGCCCCCGGCGCGCCCGUCGGGGACGUGCUCGACGGCGCGCGCCCCGCGCCGGACGAGCUCGCGUUCGUCGUGCGCGCGGUGGGGGUGGCGUCCUGGCGGCGCGCGCUCGACGCCUUCGAGUGGCUCGUCGCGAGCGGCGGCGGGCGUGCCCCGGGCCCCCGCGUCGUCGCCGUCGUCCUCGGCGUCCUCGGGCGCGCCCGCCAGGACGCGCUCGCGGAGGAUGUCUUCCUCCGGUUCGCCCGCGAGGGUGCCACCGUGCAGGUGUUCAAUGCCAUGAUGGGCGUCUACGCUCGUUCUGGCCGCUUCGACGACGCGCGCCAGCUGCUUGACGCAAUGCGUGACCAGGACAUCGAGCCUGACCUCGUUAGCUUCAAUACCCUUAUCAAUGCCAGGGCCAAGUCUGGGUGUUUGGCCGCUGGUGUCGCUCUUGAGCUCCUACAUGAAGUCCGGCAAGCUGGGCUGAGACCGGAUGCUAUCACUUACAACACCCUCAUCAGUGCUUGCUCACAAGGUUCUAAUUUGGAUGAUGCAGUGGCGGUGUUUGAGGAGAUGAUAGCUUCAGAGUGUCGGCCAGAUUUGUGGACGUACAAUGCCAUGGUCUCCGUGCAUGGCCGGUGCGGGAAGGCACAGGAGGCUGAGCUGAUGUUUAAGGAGCUGGUUGAGAAGGGUUUUCAGCCGGAUGCAGUCACAUACAACUCGCUCCUUUAUGCUUUCGCGAAGGAAGGCGAUGUGGAGAGGGUGGAGCGUGUGUGUGAGGAAUUGGUUAAGGCUGGUUUCAGGAAGGAUGGGAUUACUUAUAAUACCAUGAUUCAUAUGUAUGGAAAGAUGGGCAGGCUUGACUUGGCGCUUGGGUUGUAUGAUGAGAUGAGGGCUAUAGGCUGCACUCCAGAUGCUGUGACCUAUACUGUUUUGGUUGAUUCUUUAGGGAAGAUGGAUAGGAUUUCUGAGGCAGGGAAGGUGCUGGAGGAGAUGGCUGAUGCAGGAUUAAAGCCAACUUUGGUAACUUUCAGUGCUUUGAUAUGUGCAUACGCCAAAAGUGGGAGGCAGGAUGAUGCGGAGCGUACAUUUGAUCGUAUGGUUGAGUCAGGUGUCAAACCUGAUCGUUUAGCCUAUUUGGUUAUGUUAGAUGUUUUUGCAAGGUCUGAUGAGACUAGAAAGCUGAUGGUUCUGUACCGGGCUAUGAUCAAGGAUGGAUAUAAGCCAGAUGAUGGUUUAUAUCAGGUCUUGCUUGCUGCACUCGCAAAGGGAAAUGAACACGAUGAGAUUGAAGGAGUUAUCCAAGACAUGGAGGCCGUUUUUGAAAUGAAUCCACUAGUAAUAUCCAGUAUACUCAUCAAGGCUGAAUGCAUUUCUCAGGGUGCUAGUCUGUUAAAGAGGGCAUGCCUCCAAGGAUAUGAGCCUGACGGUAAGAGCCUACUGUCCAUUUUAGACGCAUAUGAAAAAAUGGGUAAGCAUGAAAAAGGUCUCUCUUUGCUUGAAUGGAUCCGGCAGCAUGUUCCCAACUCCCACAACUUAAUAUCUGAAUGCUCGAUCAUGCUUUUGUGCAAAAAUGGGAAGAUUGUUGAUGCCAUUCAGGAGUACAGUAGAAAACAAAUGUUAAAACGUGGAUCCUUUGGUCAAGACUGCGACUUGUAUGAGUACUUGAUUACUUACCUUGAGGAGGCUGAGUUAUUUCCCGAAGCUUGUCAAGUGUUCUGCGAUAUGCAGUUUCUUGGCAUAGUUCCUUCCCAAAAGAUAUACCAGAGUAUAAUUUACACAUGCUGCAGAUUGGGUUUCCCAGAAACGGCUUAUCAAUUGAUGGAUGAUGCUGCGCGAUCUGAUAUUUCCUUGAACAUUCUUUCAUGCAGAGUAGCAAUGAUUGAAGCGUAUGGUAAGUUAAAACUCUGGCAGCAGGCAGAAAAUUUUGUGAAAGGAUUGAAGCAGGAGUCUGGUGUUGAUAGAAGGAUUUGGAAUGCUUUAAUACAUGCAUAUGCUGAGAGUGGCCUUUAUGAGCAUGCAAGGGCAAUCUUUGACAUUAUGAUUAAAAAGGGUCCUCUACCAACUGUUGAAUCAGUUAAUGGAAUGAUGAGAGCAUUGAUUGUUGAUGGCAGGCUGGAUGAGUUGUAUGUGGUUGUUCAGGAGCUUCAAGAUUUAGACAUCAAGAUCAGCAAAAGCACAGUACUCCUUAUGCUUGAAGCUUUUGCAAAAGCUGGGGAUGUAUUCGAGGUAAUGAAAAUAUAUAAUGGGAUGAAGGCAGCAGGAUACUUGCCAAAUAUGCACCUCUACAGAAUUAUGAUCUCCUUGCUCUGCCAUAAUAAACGAUUCAGAGAUGUCGAAUUGAUGGUUGCAGAGAUGGAGGGAGCAGGAUUCAAACCAGAUCUCGUGGUACUUAAUACCCUUCUUUUAAUGUAUACUGGGACAGGAAACUUUGACAGGACAAUAGAAGUAUAUCAUAGUAUUCUGGAAGCUGGAUUAGAGCCUGAUGAGGAUACAUAUAAUACUCUUAUAGUCAUGUACAGUAGAAACUUUAGGCCUGAAGAAGGUUUUACUCUCUUGUAUGAAAUGGGUAAACGGGGUUUGACACCCAAGUUAGAAUCCUACAAAAUCUUGCUUGCUGCAUCUGGAAAAGCUAAACUCUGGGAGCAAGCUGACCUGCUUUUUGAAGAAAUGAGAACAAAGGGAUAUCGGUUAAAUAGAUCUAUCUACCACAUGAUGAUGAAAAUAUAUAGGAAUGCCCGCAACCAUUCCAAAGCCGAGCACUUACUAUCAGCAAUGAAAGAGGAUGGGAUUGAACCAACCAUCGCUACUAUGCAUAUCCUCAUGACUUCUUAUGGGACUUCUGGGCACCCAGACGAAGCUGAGAAAGUCCUGAACAGCUUGAAAUCUUCUAAUUUGGAAAUUAGCACUUUACCAUACAGUACUGUUCUCGAUGCUUACUUGAGAAAUCGUGACUACAGUCUUGGAAUCACAAAGCUUUUAGAAAUGAAAAGAGAUGGUGUAGAACCAGAUCAUCAAGUCUGGACAAGUUUCAUCAGGGCUGCUAGUUUGUGCGAGCAGACUGAUGAUGCCAUUCUUCUUCUAAAGUCUUUGCAGGAUUGUGGAUUUGACCUUCCCAUUAGGCUCCUUACUGAGAGGACUUCGUCUCUGUUUACUGAGGUUGACAGCUUUCUAGAAAAACUUGGGACACUAGAAGAUUCUGCUUCAUUGAACUUUGUAAAUGCACUGGAAGACCUGUUAUGGGCAUUUGAACGUCGAGCAACCGCUUCAUGGAUUUUCCAAUUGGCUGUAAAAAGAAGCAUAUACCAUCAUAAUAUCUUUCGAGUGGAAGAAAAAGAUUGGGGAGCUGACUUACGCAAGUUGUCUGCUGGGGCUGCUCUUGUUGCUCUAACAUUGUGGCUUGAUCAGAUGCAAGAUGCUUCACUGCAGGGUGCACCAGAAUCCCCCAAAUCUAUUGUAUUGGUCACAGGAGAGGGGGAAUAUAACAUGGUAUCCUUGCGUAAAACUAUCAGGGCUUACCUUUUGGAAAUGGGCUCCCCUUUCCUACCAUGCAGAAGUCGGUCAGGUCGCUUUGUGGUGAAGGCUUACUCUCUUAAGAUGUGGCUGAAAGACUCUCCUUUUUGCCUGGACCUUGAGUUGAAAGAUGCUCCCGCUCUUCCUAAAACGAACUCAAUGAAGCUUACUGAAGGAUAUUUCAUGAGAGCCGGUCUUGUACCUGUAUUUAAAGAUAUACAUGAGCGACUUGGAGAAGUAUGGCCAAAGAAGUUUUCCAGACUAGCUCUAUUGUCAGAAGAAAGCAGGGAUGAAGUUAUUAAAGCUGAUAUAAAAGGAAGGAAAGAAAAAUUGGAGAAAAUGAAAAAACAGGGUCUUGCCAUAGCAAAGAGAUCUAAAAGAGGGCCUCGGAGAGGGAAAUUUGUUAAACAACAAAGCACACAGGAGGUUCUGAAGUAGUAUUUGCUUUACUUAGUGUCAGAUUUGCCUACAUCAGUGAGAAGCAAUGGUGAUAUUACCGUGGUGUUCAUUGCUCACAUUAGGUAGUGCGAUCGAAGUUUGUUCUUUAGAGAACAUAGUAUUUGAUUGUUUCAUCCGAGUUUCUUUGCAGAGAUGAACAAAUGGUGAAGAUAGCAUAUUUCACUCUGUGACACUGGGAUGCAAAACAACAAAACCUCACGUGAUAUUUUAAAUUUUAUUGGUGAUUUGAUAACGCAGAAGAUCUGAUAUAUUAUUCCUCCAGAUUGUGUGAGCAUGUUGCUGCCUGAUGGGGGUGAAUGAAACCAGCUUAGUAUAAACCCCUGCAAUUCAAUUAUUCUUGCUUAUCUGUUGCACUCAUGCACUAAUCUUGUCAGGAACAUGAGAUACAUUGUUACAUGACUUCACAUCACAUCACACGACUAUCAGUGCGGGUUAAGCUGGUGUUAUUAACUAUGGUGAUUUCAUUGGUUCGUGCCUCUAUGGUAUGUCGAUGCUCUAAAUGCUUUAUGAAGAUAUGCGGGAGGGGAUGGCUUGAUUAUUUUGGCUUUCUUGAAUCUUGAUCACCUUGCAUGAACAAUUCAACACUGUACAAGCCGUAUGUGUUACUCCCUCCGUUUCACAAUUUUAGUACCACCUCGGCUGUCCAGGGAGAUGUGCGGGAGCGCUGCGGGUAUAAAGAGGGGAGGUGGGCUAACGUUUGAUGGCAUCUUUGCGCUUGGGGCAAUGACGCAGCUUAUGAGGUUAUACCGAGGCGCGUCUAUUGCUGGUUGAAAACUAUUUCCAAACCCCCUCUCUGGCCCACCUGGGCCACUGAGAAUUUCUGGAAGGGCUCUUUCUCUUCGGAGAGAGUAAAGCCCUAUAAUUCAAAUUAAUUUUAAUUUUUUAUCCAACUUUUGUACUCAUUUUGUUCAUGUUGUAAAGUGUUUUAUCUUCUGGUAUAUUACUUUCCUUUCCGGCAGCCGGAAUUCCUAUAUAUGUGAGUCGAUCGUUA